GGCACUUCGUUGAGUUAUCAUUUGUGGGCAGGUCGCUUUUGAAAAGAGCUACGUCGCUCAGUGGGUAUUAGCUGGUGAAAUAAAAAAAAUUGUUAAUAGUAAUAGUAUUUCUGGCACAAAUCUGCCACUCAAACCGCAAUCGUAUUAAGUGUGGACUUUCAUAGAUGCUCAGCACUUGCCCAAACAGUCUGAAUGUAUAUACGUGUGAAUGUAUGUGAAUGUAUGCGAGCACUUGCCCCAACAGCCCGAGGUCGGCUUUAUGGGGGAUCUUUGCCGUGUGUGUGUGUGAGCCCGACCCAAGCACCCGCAUCUCAUUUCCCGUCGGAUAUAAAACCCCCAUCACUGGCACCCCAACGUCACUGGAGCUCUCAUCACCACCACCACCACAGCAACAGCAGCAACAACAACGAGCAGCCGUGCAAGGAGAAGAGCGAGGCUGUGGCUCUGUAGGCACCGAGUCGGUGACCGUGAUGAUGAUGGUGUCGAUGAUGGACGUGGUGGUUGCGCAUCGCGUGACGCGCUGCGGCCUCCUCCUCCUCCUCGCCGUGGCUCUGCUGGCUCUGGUGGCACCCGGCGGGGCGCAGACGAUCAAGCAGAGACCCCCGCCAAAGAAGGCCACCGGGCGCCCCGCAGACAGCCAGGCGGUGCUCGCGGAGAAGUUGGCGCGAGACAUCGAGGACCUGCGACGCGAAGUGAACGCGCUCAAGGAGAUGCAGGCCCUGCACACGAUGUGCCUGCGUGGUACCAAGACGCGAGACAACACGUGCCUGCUGCUCUUCGCCGCGCCUCGCCCCUUCCACGAGGCGUCCGAGGAAUGCUUUGCUCGGGGAGGACAGCUUGCGCUGCCCGCGGACGCGAGGGCAGCGGAGGAGCUUGUCGCCUACGCCUCCCCUCGGCUGCCCGCGGCGACGAGCGGCGCCCCGCAGCGUCUGUGGCUCGGCGCGAGCGACCUGCGCGAGCCGGGGGGCAGCUUCGCGGACGCGACCGGAGCCCCGCUGGGAUACGCGCCGUGGGCGGAUCCAGCGGCUCCGCGCGGCGGCGGCGGCGGCACCGCGGCGGCUUCGUGCGUGCGGGCGGCCCUGCAGGGAGAGCGCCCUGCCUGGGACGUGGCCGCGUGCAAGAUCGAGUUGCCCUUCGUGUGCCAGUUCUCCAUACCGGCUUGA